AGCGGAACUCCGCCGUCGUCCCCCCCAAACACGUCAUGCAACAACAAUAACAACAACAGGUCGGUUUGCAACCUCCUCGACCCGAUCCAUGAAGUACCGCCGUCCCUCCCGCCCCCGGGCCACCAUCAUCAACCCCAUCGUCGUCGUUUUCGGGCCCGCGGCCGGACCCCGCCACCGCCGCCGCUGCCGCCGCUGCCCCAGCCGGGCGUCGCCACCGCAGAGCGCGCGGCGGCCGCCAAGAUCUUCCUCGAGACGCACUUCAACACGCUGCUCGCGUCGGGCCCGUCGCCCAGGCAGAUGCGGCGGCAGAUGCUGGAGACGGAGCUGUUCAACCGCGCGCGCGAGCUCCGCGAGCAGCAGCAGUCGGAGGGCAGUCCCAGGAGUAGUACUAGAGGUAGUGGUGGUAAUAAGGGGACAGAGGCGCGAGCGGCGGCGGAGGCCCGGGCGCGGUUCUGUCGGAGGGAGGCCGAGCAUCUGAGAGAGGUCCGGGCCAUGAAGGCCGGGGCGAUCAGGCUCCUCGGUAGCGGCGGUCUCGCCGUCGCGGCGGGACGUUACGAGACGGUCAAGGUGCUGGGGAAGGGAAGCUUCGGGGUGGUGAAGCUGGUGAGGGAGCGCGGGCGGGAAGGGAGGGUGUACGCGAUGAAGGUGAUCAGGAAGAGCAAGAUGUUGAAGACGAACCAGGAGGGCCACUUGAGGGCCGAGAGGGAUCUCUUGGUGGCGAGCGAGGGGUCGAGGAUCGUGCCCCUGGUGGCCAGCUUUCAGGACCUCUCGAACCUGUACUUGGUGAUGGAGUACAUGCCCGGCGGUGACUUCCUGAGCCUCCUGAUCCGGGAGAACGUGCUGCACGAGUCGGUGGCGCGCUUCUAUGUUGCCGAGAUUGUCCUCUGCGUCGAGGCUGCGCACUCGCUCAAGUGCAUCCACCGCGACAUCAAGCCCGACAACUUCCUCAUCUCGGCCUCGGGCCACCUCAAGAUCAGCGAUUUCGGCCUCGCGUUCGACGGCCACUGGUCGCACGACACGACCUACUACAACAGCCACCGGCACGACAAGAAGGACCUGUAUGACGGCGAGCCGCUGCUGAAUUGGCGCAACCGCUGUGGGACCCGGCACUCGGCCCGGAGCGUCGUGGGCACCAGCCAGUACAUGGCGCCCGAGGUGAUCGAGGGGAGGAGAUACGACGCGAGGUGCGACUGGUGGAGCGUCGGCAUCAUCCUCUUUGAGUGCAUCUACGGCCAUACCCCGUUCCUGUCCGAGGCGGGCAGACAGCAGACCAAGGAGAACAUCUUGCGGCACCACGAGACGUUCGGCUUCCCGCCGCGCCCGACCGUGUCCCGCCGGUGCCAGCACCUGAUGCUCUCGCUGAUUACAGACAAGGAGUAUCGCGGCUCCAAGAUGCGCGACUUGGCCGGCCGCUACGUGUUUCCCUACGACGCCGAGGACAUCAAGGCGCACAAGUGGUUCCGCCACAUACCCUGGGAGCGCCUCCACGAGCUGGAACCGCCGCUGGUCCCGCAGCUCCGCUCCGUCGACGACACGCACUAUUUCGAGGAC